AUGUCAGAGAAUUUACCAUCAAUCUCAGUACAACCACCAGAAACUCCACGAUGUAAAAAUAAUUCAAAUAAUUCAAAUUUAAACACUCACAAUCAUUAUUUACAACAAAGUAUAAAUAGAAAUAUAACAACUCCAUCAUCUUUUCCAUUUGGUUUAAAUUUUUCACCAUCAUUAAUCAACUUUAAUAAUUCUCCAUCAUCAUCAACAAAUUAUUCACCAAGAAAAUUUUUAAAUUCUUCAACAUCAAAUAAUUUAAAUAAAGUUAUAAAUCAUAAAAGAACAUCAAGUAAAGAAUAUAAUAAAUUUAUUGAAUCUUUGAAUAAAUCUUUAGAUAAAGAGAAGACACAAUCACCUAUAAAGAAUGGAAUAGAGAGGAAUUUAAAAGACAAAGAGGAGGAAGAAGAAGAAGAAGAAGGGAAUCAAGAUAUAGAUCAUGAUAUUUGGUCUUCUUUAAAUAAUUCUACUCAACAUCAUUCAAAUUUAACAUCAAUUUAUGAAGAUGAUAUUAAUAAGGAGAAUAUUCCAUUUAUUGAAUCUCAAAAAUCGCAACCAGUCACACAAAAAUUUGAUGAAUUUUUAACUCCAAAUAAAUUAUUAUACCUGAAUAACAAAGUAAAUUCAACAGUUACAACAACUCAAACAACUCCUUCAUUAGAAAUUGCACCUAACAUUCCAUCAAAAAAUACAAUUAAAGUAGAAAAACAAGAGGAAGAAGAAGAACAUGAAGAUAAAUUAACAUCAGUAAUUAAAAAGAGAAAAAUCAAUCCUUCUAUUACAGAUACCCCCAAUAAUGCAAUAGCUUCAAAAAUUGAUAGAUCAAUGGUAUCACCAUUUACAUUCAGAAAACCAAGUGUUACAAACUCUGUUACAUCAAAUUCUAACUCAAAUUCAAAUUCAAAUUCAAAUAUAAAUGAUGAUAAAGUUUGGAAUCUUUAUUUAGAUGAUAUAUUAGUAAAAUCAUUAUAUAAAUACAAGAAAUUUAAAGAAAAUCCAAAUCUUAAUAAUAAUUCUGUUUUAAAACAUACUUCACAAAAUAAAAUUAUAUCAAGAAUGUUAUUUAAUAGAACUGGUAUAUUAAGAUCUUCAAAACAAAUUUCUUCCAGAAUUUUUAGAUUAAGUAAAAGUGGUAAAUUAAUAAAAGAUAAAGAUAUAAAAACUCCAUUAACUAAUGGUUCAACAAGUGAUAUUGAUGAUAUCUUUAAUAACAACCUGGUUGCAAGAGGAAGUAAUUAUUCAAUUGUUGAUUCUGCAAAAAAUAAUGCAAUGAUUGAUAAAGAAUUAGAUAUUUUAUUAUCUUCUUCACCAUUAGAUGAUAUAUUUGAUGAACAAAUAAAUUCAAAUUAUUAUUUAAAUUUAACUGAUUUUAAUAUAAAUUUUAAAAAUAAAGAUCAAUCGAUAAUUUUUACACAAAUGAAAUCUUGGAAUACAUGUCAUGAUAAUAAUAUUUUAAAUAAAAUUAAUGAUGAAUAUAUUAUUGAAAUAUUAAAAGAGAAUGAUAUUCCAAUCUGGUUCAUAAAUCAUGAUAUUAAUUUAAAUAUUAAUCAUAUUGAAUCAUCAACUCCAAUGUCUUCUGCUAUAUCACCAACAUUUACAAAUCAAGCAUUAACUUUAAAUCAUUUAAAUUUUCAAUCAAUGAUGUCUAUAAAUGUAUAUUGUAAAGAUUCAUCUAAUCAAUCUAUGCUUAAUUGGUAUAGUUUAAUUGAAGUUUAUAAAAAUGGUAUAAAAAUUUUAAAUGUUACAGAUAUAAUAAAUGGUUAUUAUAAUCCACAAUUAAAAUGUUAUAUUUUACAAGUUCCAUUUAUAAAGACAUUUUUUGCUGGUUUUUUCAAUUAUUUAAUAAAUGGAUCGUCAACAACAAAUGAAAAUUUAAAAAUUCAUCAAUAUAUUUAUAAUAAUGAAAAUUCCGAAAAUGAUUCAAAUUUUAAUUUGAAAAAUUCACAAAUUUAUGCAUAUUUAAUUCAUGAUUUUAAUAUGAUGGGUACAAAAGGUCAAACAGAUGUAAUUGUUGUAAAUUCAUUAAAAGACUAUAUGAAUAAAUUUGAAUUAACAACAAUUACUACAUCUAAUUCAAUUACUGAUGAUAAUGAAACAGUAAUUGCUGAUUCAUCACCUUGUAAAUCAUCAAAUUCUCCAAUUCAUUCAUUAAAAAGUUUAGAUACUCCAACUAAGAAGCUUAAUAAUAAUAAUAACAAUAAGUUAAAAAUUGAUUUGAGUAAAGCUAAUAAUAUGAAUAUGAAAAUUGGUUCUGGUCCAAUGACAGCUCCAGUUUUUAAUUCAAAUGUUGUAAAUCAUGAUCAAAUUAUGAAUUUUCAAAAAUAUUCAAUAAAUGAUAUAAGACAAUAUCAAAAUCAUCAUCCCCAAUCAUUUCAAUUUCAAAAUAAUAAUAAUCAACCUUUUAAUUCUUUUCAACAUCCAGGUUUAAAUAUACAUUCUCAAUCAACAACAAACAUUCCUCAAUCAUUCUCAUUUAAUCAAACUACUAUGCUUCCAUCACAACAGCAUUCAUCUAUGGGUCAAUCUCCUAAUUUUGCUGGUCAAUCUUCAUUGACUCAACCAACUAAUCAAAUACAGCAACAAAAAGCUCAAUUACAAAUGGAUAUGCAAUUACAAAUGCAACUUCAGAUGCAACUACAGAUGCAACAACAACAACAACAACAACAACAACAGCAACAACAACAACAACAACAACAGCAACAGCAACAACAACAAUUGCAAAAUCAAACCCAAUCACAAGUUCAAACGAAUUCAAAUAAUCAAGUGAUGUAUAAUGCUAAUGUAUUAAACGAACAAUUUAUGAAACAUCAACAGCACAUGGCGUUUCAUCAAAUUACAUCUAAUCCACAAAGAUUACCUUUAAAAUCUAAUUCUCCAAUUUUACCAAUACAACAACAACAACAACAACAAUCAAAAUCAACAAAAUCUUCUUCAAGAAAAAAUUCAAAUACUUCCUCAUCAUCAACAACAAAACAUUCACAAUCUCAAUCAAAUCAAAAAGAAGUUCCAAAACCAAUAGAAUUUAAAUUUGGUCCAAUAAUAGGAUAUGAUCCAUCAAAAGAUUUAAAACAAAUUCAAUUACAACAACAAGAAAGUUCAACUACUACUUUAGCAUCAUCAUCUUCAAGAUUUAAUAGUCAUAAUAAUAUUAGUAUGAAUAUUCAUCGAUUUCCUUCAAAUACUCCUGUUAUGUAUAAACCAAAAACUUGA